AUGGUAUCUAAUGACACUCGGUUCACCGGCCAUCCGGGGCCAGAGUGGGAGCAAUCAAUACGAGAAUUGAUGGAAGGGACGCUCAUACGGAUAUCCGAGGACGAACUGAAGCGAUCCGGUUCCGACUCCAUACCGCUGAAAGACGGUGGAUACGCAGCAGGCCUUGGAGUUGCUCAUAGCCUUCACUGCGUGAAAAAUAUUAAGCAGUUCCUGUACCACGAACACUUCUACCCUGACGUGGAUCCAAUGGGAGAGAAAUUCGACUAUCUUCGAUCCCACGCAGAUCACUGCCUCGACUUCCUACGUCAAGGCAGCAUGUGUCACUUGGACUACUCCCUGUACACGGUGUACUGGGGAGAGAGAAGAAAGGAUAUCCCAACACACCAUGUUCCAAAAGUGCAGAAAUGUGUGAAUUGGGAUAAGCUGCAUAGGUGGAUGGUGGAGCGAGCGGCAAAUACUGAUAUGUUGGUGGGACCAUGA